AACAGGACGGUGGACCUCCUUUGAAUCGAAAGAAAAAAUAAAAUAUAUAAUUACGAACCCUUCAUCUGCUCGGUUAAAGGCUCUGCUCUUAUAAUCAAAAUCUGUGGUCUGCUGAUCUAUCGUCAGAUUUUCUCCGAUCACCGCUGUCUCCGCCAUCAUGGCUUACGAAGACGAUCCUUACCGCGAUGAGGAUGGAGAGCCGUUGAUGGACUACGACGAAAUGCAAUCAGACGGUGGGCAAUCCCCAGAACCUCGCCACGAUGAUUUCCUGGAAGAUGAUGUUGAUGGGUGGGGUGAACAAGAGCGAGAGAGGUCUCAAACUCCGGUAUAUGACGUCGAUAAGGUUGACAAGCCGCGAAAGAGGUUGGUGAAGAAGAGCGAUUCAGGGAUCGGUGCCAAGGAAAAUUAUGUGGUGCCUGAGUUGGUUGAUGAGGAUGAAGAUGAGGGGUUUGGGAGGGAGUAUGCAAUGGAAACAAAAAAGAGGAAGAAAUUUGGCAAGGAAGGAUCUGGGAGUAGUGGGAAGGAUAGGAAGAAAUACAGUAAGGGGGAGAAGAAGUUUUCUAGUGGAGGCAAGGGGGUAAUUGGUUCAAAGUCAGGGUUGAUGAAGAAAGGGAUAUAUUCAGGGAAGUUGUCGGGGAAGGAAGAUGGCGAGGUGAAGGAGAUGUGGGAUACUAUUGCUGGGGGUGAUUCUGAGGAUGAUCAAGAGGGUCCUAGGACUGUGGAUGAUGACAAUUUCAUAGAUGACAGCGGUGUAGAUCCUGCUGAUCGGUAUGGGAGUGACAAUGAACCACGCUCUCCUGGUGAUGCUCCUCAGGCAGAGGAGGGUGAAGAAGAUGAGGAAAUCAAGGAACUCUUCAAGAUGGGCAAGAAAAGGAAGAAGAAUGAGAAAAGUCCUGCAGAAAUUGCAUUGCUAGUCGAGAAUGUCAUGGCUGAGCUUGAGGUUACUGCUGAGGAGGAUGCAGAACUUAAUAGACGGGGUAAACCUGCUAUCAAUAAACUCAAAAAGUUGCCUCUUCUUACUGAGGUCCUCUCCAAGAAGCAGCUCCAGCAAGAAUUUAUAGAUCAUGGAGUACUAACUCUACUGAAAAAUUGGCUUGAACCUCUUCCAGAUGGAAGUUUGCCCAAUAUAAAUAUCCGUGCAGCGAUUUUGAAGAUAUUGACUGAUUUUCCAAUUGAUCUGGAACAGUAUGAUAGAAGAGAACAAUUGAAGAAAAGUGGUCUUGGAAAGGUUAUUAUGUUCUUAUCAAAAUCUGAUGAGGAAACUACAUCCAACAGAAAGCUUGCUAAGGAUUUGGUUGAUAAAUGGAGUCGGCCCAUAUUUAAUAAGAGUACACGAUUUGAGGACAUGAGAAGUAUUGAUGAUGAUCGGGCCUACAGAAGACCAACAGUGAGAAGGCCUGUAAAUAAUUCUGCAGGGAUGGAAUCUAGGGAUGGUGAUCUGGACUUGGAUAUUUCACGGGAGCGAAGAUCUGGUCAGUCAUCUGACAGACAACAUGCUUCUAGGCCAGAAGCAACUCCAUUGGAUUUUGUGGUGCGCCCUCAGUCUAAGAUUGAUCCUGAAGAAAUUAGAAACCGUGCUAAGCAAGUUGUACAAGAUCAGCGCCGACUAAAGAUGAAUAGAAAGUUGCAACAGCUGAAAGCACCGAAAAAGAAGCAACUGCAAGCAACAAAAAUUAGCGUGGAAGGUCGUGGCAUGCUCAAAUAUUUGUGAAUUAUGAAGCUUCUGCGACUCCCUUUGACCGCAAAGGCAGAAGUGGGCGAUUCUGGAGCCAAAUUAUACAGACCCUGUGGCGGAUUGUGUUCACUGUUCAGAAACAAACUGUUAUGCUAGUUGAUUUUCUGGCCUCGGGAUCAUUAAUCGGAUGGAGAUGUUUGAGCUAAUAUAAGCCCAUUUCAAUUGAUUUGGAUAAACAAUUGUCGUGAGGAUGAUUGUAUUUGUUAAAUUGUCUGACAGCUUUUCAUGUUAAAUGUUCAAGUUGAAAUGUUGAUGCUAAGUUGAUCAAAUUUCUGGAGGAAUAAAAUGUUCCCAUUUGCUCUGGAACAGUCAA